AUGCCGCCUCGCGUCCGCAUCUCCAGCGGCCGCAUCACUCAGUCGGUCCGCCGACAAAGGGUCGUUUACCAGCAUGAACUCCCGAUUGCUGCCAGAUAUGCCAGCACCGCAGCCACCGCGACGACUCCGGCUGCAUCAAUCGAGCAGAUGACACACUCCCCCGCUCCCAUCGCCCACUACCCUCCCACGCAGCCUCCCUCGCACCGCAACCCCGAAUACCGCCGGUCCCAGCUCCUUCGGCAAUACACUUCCAUCAUCCGCACCACACCUCUCAUGGUCUUCCUGCAGCACGACAACCUCCAAUCGGUCGAGUGGGCCGCUAUCCGCCGAGAGCUGAGCGCAGCCAUGCAGAAGGUGGAUGAGAAGAUUGCCUCGGAGGGCCGGAAGGCCCCAGCACUGGCUCCGCACAUCAAGGUCCAGAUUGUCCAGACGCGCAUUUUCGAAGUCGCCCUUCGCAUCGUGGAAUACUUCCGUCCCAAUCAGACCACCCCGGUCCCCAGAGCCGUCGACCCUGCCACGCAAACAUCGGCCGAAAUCCCUCUUGCCGCUUCCCGGGAUGACCCUACCCUCUCCCAUGAUCUCUCCCGCGCCGCUCAUGAUGCCGUCCUGUCCAUGAAGGGCAAACAUGAGCUGUCGGAGCUUCUGGUUGGACCUGUGGCCGUCCUCACCAUCCCCCACGUCUCCCCCGAACACCUGAAGGCCGCCCUGCAGGUCCUGGCUCCUAAGUCGAUCGGUCUUCCUUUGCCUACGCGGAAGGCUAACCCGGGCUGGCAUGAGUUCCCUGUUCAGAACGGUCUGAACAAGUUGUCUUUGAUUGCUGCUCGUAUGGACGGACAGGUCUUCGAUGUCGAGCAGUCCAAGUGGGUCACUAGCAUCGAGGGUGGUAUGGAUGGCUUGCGCUCACAGCUCGUCAUGGCUCUGCAGAGCAUGGGAUCCAGCAUUACGAAUGCUUUGGAGGGUGCUGGAAAGAGCCUUUACUUUACGCUUGAGAGCAGAAAGCAGGAUAUGGAGCCGAAGAAGGAAUCCGAGGAUGAGAACAAGGGUGACUCUGCUUGA